AUGGCCAACACUGCUGAACAACAACAAAAGCACAAACACCUUCUAGGUCACACAAUCGCAGAUGGAAGGCUAGAGCUUGUAUCGAUUUUGGGAUUAGGCGCUUAUGGUGUCGUUUACCUAGCCCGUGAUCUCACACAUCCUCUACACAGACAGCCUUUCGCCUCCUCUUCCUCAUCUGAUAUGCCCCGUAUCCUUGCUUCAAGGCAUGGCGGCGCUGCAAGCGGAUACUAUGCGGUCAAAUGUCUCAACAAGGUAGAUUUGGAUGCAAGACAAAAGCGUUUCCAAAGACGUGAAAUUGUUUUGCACACAAUGGUAACCGGACAUCCUUCCGUUGUUACAUUAUACCGUGUCAUUGACGAAAAGGAUGAUCCAUGCAUCUAUGUAAUUCUGGAUUAUUCACACGACGCAGCCGGAAUCGUCUACGACGCUGAUCAAGAUGAACAAUAUCAACAAGACCGUGCUGAUAUGGAUGAAACCGUUCGCGAUGUCUUUUGUCAAAUUUUGGAUGCCGUUCAAUUCUGUCAUGCAAACGGUAUCUACCAUCGUGAUUUGAAGCCGGAAAACAUCUUGUGCCUACAAGGUGGCGCAAAGGUUACUUUGGCAGACUUUGGACUUGCAACACAUGAAAAGACAAGUAGUGAUUUCGGAUGCGGAAGUACGUUCUACAUGGGUCCCGAAUGCCAAGGCGGCAUCUCUACCCACUUGGAGAAAUAUUCAACGGCCGCAAAUGAUGUUUGGUCUUUGGGUGUUAUCCUUGUCAAUUUGAUUUGCGGCCGCAACCCAUGGAAGCAAGCAUGCGUUGACGAUGAGACCUUCCGUGAAUAUUUGCGUAACCCUGACUUCUUGAUGGACAUCCUUCCCAUUUCCAAACAAACAAACUCGCUACUCAAGCGUGUCUUUACCGUUCGUGAGGAUUGGAGAUGUUCAUUAGCAGAAUUGCGUUCCAUGGUUCAUCAAGUUGAGCGCUUCACCGCAACC